GAAAAUAUUUAUGGUUUGGACUGGAGUAAUGUGUAAAAUAACUAAUAAAUGAAUCAAAGCUGGUGGGCCUGCGUUAUUUUUCAAGACAGACCAAUUGUGACAGAGAAAAGUUCCUUCUCUUUUUUUCCGGCUAAGAUGUUUACUAGGCGAAAGAAUGAAAACACGGGGCUUUUCUUUUUUUUUUAUGCAACUCUUUAGAUGUCAUUCAUUGGCUGUUUUCGGCUGUCAGUCGCAGGUGGGCGGUGUCAGCUGACAAAUGAUAGUUCCAGUAAGUCCUCACAUGCUGUACACCACAUAGAGGCAACAGGCUGAGCGGGGCACAGACGGAACAUCACUACGACUGGAUAACAAAAACAAACCAGCUGUGGGCCACUUACACAGCUUUCUUACACAUGAAAUACUUUUUUUAGAGUAGUGGUGAAAAAAAUCAUUGUUCAUUUUCAUUUUUUGCUGGGCUUGGGAUGUGACUUUCAGUGAGCCCAGGCGGAGCUGUUUUACCCGGACAGAUUUAUCUUGUGUUCGCUUUCUUUUCAUCCGUGAAGUUAUUACUUUUGAGGGGCGACAGGUUUGUCACAUUUACAUGACACUGUAACACUUUGCUCCAUCACCUUUCAACCAUGGCGGAAGCGGCCCAGCAGCCACACCUGGUGGAAAUCGACCCGGAUUUUGAGCCCCUGUCGCGGCCCCGGUCGUGCACUUGGCCCUUGCCCCGACCGGAGUUCAUCAACCCGGGUGAUUCCAACACGUCCUCGCCGGUGCCGUCUGUGAAGCAGGAGCCCACCGGCAACGCCGAGUUCAUCAACAACCUCAGCCUGCUGGAAGAGACUGAAGACUUCACGGAGCAGAAGCCUGUUAUCCUGUGCACUGAUUUCCAGUGUCAGGACAACUGCGUCCACCAGCAACCUCCACAGCAGCAGCAGCAGCAACAUCAGCAACAACAUCAGCAGCAACAUCAGCAGCAUCAGCAGCACCCGAACCCGCAACUCCCGCAUCAGCAGCAGCAGCAGCAGGUGCCUCUGCUCUCCUCCCCGGUCGGCUCGUCGUCCUCGGCGGCCGCGGCCGCAGCUGCCGCCGCUGCCCAGAGGAAGAGCAGCUCCUCCCGUCGAAACGCAUGGGGGAAUAUGUCAUAUGCAGACCUCAUAACCAAAGCUAUCGAAAGUUCUCCUGAGAACCGACUAACUCUGUCUCAGAUUUAUGAUUGGAUGGUGAAGAGUGUGCCUUAUUUCAAGGACAAAGGAGACAGCAACAGCUCUGCAGGGUGGAAGAACUCCAUCAGACACAACCUGUCGCUGCACAGCCGCUUUGUUCGUGUCCAGAAUGAGGGGACGGGGAAGAGCUCAUGGUGGAUGCUAAACCCAGAGGGUGGAAAGAGCGGCAAGUCUCCACGUCGCAGGGCGGCCUCCAUGGACAACAACAGCAAGUUAACCAAGAGCAGAGGAAGGGCAGCUAAGAAAAAGCUGUCCCUGCAGGGCGGCCCUGACGGAGGCGCCGACAGCCCAGGCUCUUACUCCAAGUGGCCUGGCAGCCCCAACUCUCACAGCAACGACGACUUCGAUGCGUGGAGCAGCUUCAGACCUCGAACCAGCUCCAACGCUAGCACUCUGAGUGGACGCCUCUCACCCUUUAUGCCUGAGGAUGACCUUGCGGAGGCAGACGUACACAUGGGCUACCCUGGAGCCCCAGGGGCCAAGAUGACAGCCACACUGCCCAGCCUCACAGAAAUGACGGGCUCUUUGGGACACAGUUCUGAGAAUGUCAUGGAGAACCUUCUGGACAACCUGAACUUGCUCUCACCCAACAACUCUCAGGUUGGAGGAGGGGCAACGACCCCUGGUUCCUCCCAGUCCUCCCCCUCCUCUAUGAUGCAGCCAAGCCCUGGGUACUCUGCUUACAGCUCUCCCAGCAUGGCUUCCCAGCCCCAGCAGGAGUAUCGCAAGUGUGCGUAUGGCCAAGUGGGCAUGAAUAGCCUGUCGUCCAUGCCACUGCAGACACUUCCAGAGAGCAAGCCAACCUUCGGGCCCAGUAUGGGUCAGUACAGCUGCCCUGGGCUUCUGAAGGAGCUGCUGACGUCAGAUACAGACCAGCAUGGAGAGCUCAUGCCAUCAGUAGACACUGUGGUGUCUCAGUCCAGCGGAGGCUGCAUGCUGCCACCCUACAGCAGCAGCCAGCAUGCAGCCAAACUAAUGGGAGGAGGGAAUGGUCACCCGCACAAUCUCUCUCACACUCACCCCCACAAUGUGCACAGCCAAGCCCCGGCCACAUCACCGGCUAUGAAUGGCCGCUUGCUCAUGUCCCUUAGCCACAGCGGGGGCAAUAUGCGUUUGCCUACAACCAAAAGCCCCAUGCAGGUGCCUUAUGGCCUCUCGAGCCACCUCAGCCCUGGAGGCAUGCCUGGUGGCUUCUGUCCUCUCAACACCAACGGAUACGGUCGACCAGGUCUGCCACCACCUUCGCACCCGGAGAAGCUGCCCAGUGACCUGGAUGACAUGUCUAUUGAGAAGUUUGAGUUUGACAUGGAAACUGUCCUCCAUGAGACACUGAUGGACGGGGACUCACUGGACUUCAACUUUGAGCCAAUGGUGACCCAGCAAGGUUUCUCCCAUGGGGUGAAGACCACCACACAUAGCUGGGUGUCAGGGUAGAGACUGUAGUGCGAAAAAAAAAAGUUCUGCUCAACUGACUUCUUGUUGUUGCCAUUUGGUAAAAGACACAAUCAGAACUCAAAGAAAAAAUGCAUCCGAGGAUGCUUAAUCCAAACAUCACCUGCAAAUUCUGUACCAUCAACAUUUCUAUUUCAAAGAUGCCUUUCUGAUCACUGCAGCAGACUAAGACUGGUCACAAUCUGCUGAAGUCUCCAUUAAGGCCCCUGAACUGGUCAAGAUAAAAAUCAGAAUUAUUUUUGAAAUAUCAAAUAUUCUGUACAAACUAAGUGCCAAACAUUUCGCCUUAACAUAAGAGCCAACGGAAACACACCUCUCUGGUUUACUCAUCAAAGAUUACAGAUACUUUACAGUGAUAGUGUCUGCAACUUUUUCAUGUGACAAAGCAAACUACAUCUCAUCAGCAGCAGCAGCAGCAGCACAAACGUACAACAUUCAAUGCUGUUUUACUGUGUUUUCACAAUCAAACUCUUUAUGUACAGUGUAGUGAUAAUUGAUUACCACUACGGACAAAUUAUGAAGGUAAUCUGGCUCAUGGGUUUUGUGGACUGACAUGAUGUUAAGAGACAGACCUCUCAAGGGAUCUUUGGACGAUGUUACAUAAUAACUCACUUUGUUCUUGCCUGAAUGUACAUAAUGGCAUCAUACAGUUUGUAAAAUCAGGUCUAGUAGUGUGUUUUCUAAGACUGUAAAUCAUGUUUACAGAACAGAAGCAAAAAUCAAGGCAGCAGAAAUGAGCUUACAGAGAAAACUGGAUCAGAUUAUUUUAGACACAUCUGUGCUUGAGGAUCUAUCUCAAUCAGGCUGUAAAAUGGUAAUACCCUCUCUGAUUUCUUGUACAUACAUUAAGAAUGUAUAUUAAAAUGAUGUAGUAGAUGUUUACUAGAUUUAGUAUAUAUUACAGACCUAAAUUAUUUGUGGUUAAUAUAGAUUUAUUCUGGUGCGUAACCUGCACUCAGACAUCACAAUUGUUCUGAGUCGUUUGUCACUCUGAACCUUAAUACCACAGGGGCCUAUUUAUUGUGCCUAACAAAGUAGAUAUUGACUGCAGGCUUGAAGGGUUUUAUAUUGUAAAUGUCUACGGUCCAGAACAUACUCAAAUCUAGCAGUCUUGAAGAAACGUACAGUGGAUUCUUUAUUUUCAGUGUCCUGCUUUCACUUUUCUUUAGAAACCAAGAAGAAACAAGUGACUGUAGAUUGUUAUUGUUAGGGGUUCCUGAACUCUUUGCGCCGCUGUGAAUGUGAGGAGGUCAAGGCAGGUUGGUGGAUAAAAGAUAUUCUCAGUGCUACUGUUGUUUUCACACCAAGGCUGAGUCCAAGACCUGCCGGUGACUGUCAUUAAAGACACUGUGAGUUACCAGCCUUGUCCCGUGUUCAGUUUCAGAGCUUGUUUCAUUUUCUUCUUUGUCUCAAAAAGGUUAGCGUGACUGAUUUAAUUUAGCACAGUAUGAUUCCUUUUAGGCCAAAAGAGCCCUCUGAUGCUGUCAAUCAGAUCAGCUUUGCUGCUUUUAAUGAGACUUUACUUUCACUCUGUCCUUCCUACCUCUACCUAUCUCUGUGUCUUUUUAAACAUUUGAUAUAACAGUAACAUGUGACUUGAUAGCUCCAAUGAUUUUUUUUCAUUCAAAGUCCUAUUUUAAUUAUUUUUUAAUGUUGCCCCUGAACAGCGCCACUAAGUGUUAAGUAUCUUAUCAAGCUUGUAUAUUUGCAUUUUCUUGACUUGCUUUUCCCAUUUUAUUGCUGUACUAACAAUGAGCUUGUCAGCCUGUCAGAGACUCAUUAUGCAGAGUCACACAUAAUGUACACGAUUCAGGCGACCUUAGCUUCUCAUGAGGUCGACUGAUAUGGUGGCUGAAAGACCAAGUGGCUUAGAGAUAACAAACUAAAACUGAAAACUGCCUAUUUAACAAUAAUGUCUAUUGUUUGAUUUAUCCAGAAACCACAUAUAUCAGUGGGUGUCUGAUCAUAUGUUGGGGGUAGUGAGUAUGCAAGUUUUUAUUCAAGUCGCACCAACAAAAAGUUCAUCUUCAACCAGAAGUAAUAUCUUUUUUGGGGGGGUAUGUGGCUGAAAUGAAAACUUGCAUACUUCAGGCCAAUAAUAGCACAUAAUCUGACACCACUGACAUAGAUUUUAAGGAAGCCAGGGAGAUGGGGCAGGUUUGAGAAGAGUAAAAUGAAAUUCUUAACAUUUCAAAAGGCUCUGCAGAGAAGCCGUUAAAGAAGCUGCUGUUUGGCUUUGGUGCCAGGUGUUGCCUUUUCUUACCCAAACAUGCCAUAGUGUACUAUAGCCAAAUUUGCCUUUGAAGUCAAAGUGAUAUAUUUAGCAUUUUUAUCAUGUGAUAUGUUCAGAAUUAUAUAUAUUUGUGCCGGUCACUCAAGUCAGGAUAAACUGUUAUGAAUCCAUGUAGUCAGUGUCACAGGGUUCACUCUAAAAGAAAAAGAGCUGUACUAAGUAAAUUAUAUCUACAUUUUUAAAUGAUUGAAUCUAUGCAUUGUAUACCUUAAUUUUAUGUUGCUAUUGUUAUAUUUCCUUUUUCUUUUGAACUUAUUACAGAGAUAUUUUAUUGUAACAUAGCGCUGUGAGAUACUAUGGUGAUGUUGUUGUCAAAACUCUAUGUUUCAGAUAGUUGUAUGGGGGGAAAAAAUGAAGUUUAUUUAGAAAAUAGAUGAUGCAGUGAUUGACAUGCUAAGCUUUUGUAAACUGACAAUGUUGUAUUUCAUGUAUUUAGCUACAGUUUUUAGAAAAUAGCGUCAAAAAGCAAAUUACUUUUAAAAACAAUGUAAAGAUAUAUUGCAUUUUUAAAAAUGAAAAACACAAUAUUUAGUCUGUCAGAUAAGUCCUGCUCAGAACCCAGAUUCUGGACCAAUUUUUGUAAUUUUAUCAGUAGAAAAAUAUUGCACUUUUACUUACAUUUUAUAACAAAGUGCUCCUCGUAAUAAGAGGAAGAGUUCCCACAUAUUUUAAAAUAAAAAUCUGUUACAUUUAACUUAUAUGCAGGAAAUAAAUUGGAAUUGUGUUGUGUAAUUUGCAAAUCAAUACGAAUAUGUAACUUGUUCAAUAUUAAUGUAUUAAGACCUGAAUAAAUGUACUUCUGUGUUAAA